CGGCCUGUCUGUGACUACAGGUCCCAGCAUGCCAUGCACCAAGACUAGGCCGGGCGCCAUGACUACCGGGCCCAGCGUGCCGUCCUCCCCCGGGAUCCCUGUCCGCCCAGCUCUCCGCGUUCCCCGUCCCUUGCGCGUUGACUACAUGCCCCAGCAGGCCGCGCUCGCCGAUCGCUCGGGCGGCAGACUGUCGCGGUCAGCGGAAGACUACAAUUCCCAGCGUGCUCGACACCAAGUCCCUCCCCUUAACUACAACUCCCGGCAUGCAACGCUCCCGCCUGCUCAUCCCGUCCCCGGGAAGACUAGCGCGCACACUGAAGUACUACAGCUCCCACCGGGCUAAUGCCCUCAAACUACAAGUCCCAGCAUGCACUGCCUCCGUUUUGGUCCGGGGAAAAUCACACGUGCGACGGGAAGACUACAACUCCCAGCAUGCCUCGCGACCGAUGCCGCCUCGCGGCUUCGCCGUGCCCGGAGCGUGGCCUGCCGGGAGCUGUAGUUCGCGGCUGGUCUCUAACGGUCCCGCUGGUGGUACUCUCCCCCCCUCCCCUCGGCCUGUCCCCUCCCCCACUCGCUGGCUGCUGUGGGAAGAGACAGGAGCCGAGGCGGAGGAGGGGGAAGCCGCGCAGCCAACGCCACGGACACCGGGAGCGGGGACGCCGCCGCCGCCGGGGAGACCAGCCACCGUCUCGUUCGCCCGCCCGCAGAGUUCUCAGUCUUCCACAAUGAAUCCUGUUUACAGCCCUGUUCAACCUGGGGCUCCCUAUGGAAACCCUAAGAACAUGGCUUACACAGGUUAUCCAACUGGGUAUCCCACAGCUGCCCCUGCCUACAAUCCGAAUAUGUAUCCAACCAGCAGCCCUGGCUAUGCCCCAGCUACACUUCUGAUGAAGCAGGCCUGGCCACAGACAUCCUCCUCUUGUGCCACAGAGGGUACCUUUCACCUCCCAGUGGACACUGGGACUGAGAACAGAACUUACCAAGCUUCAUCUGCAGCAUUCAGGUACACCGCUGGGACUCCAUACAAGGUCCCACCUACCCAGAGUAACAGUGCACCACCUCCCUAUUCUCCAUCUCCAAAUCCGUACCAAACUGCUAUGUACCCCAUCAGAAGUGCCUAUCCACAGCAGAAUCUGUAUGCCCAGGGAGCUUAUUAUACACAGCCUGUGUAUGCGGCACAGCCUCACGUCAUCCAUCACACCACCGUGGUUCAGCCAAACAGCAUUCCAUCUGCUAUCUAUCCAGCCCCUGUUGCUGCACCUAGGACUAAUGGUGUGGCCAUGGGAAUGGUUGCUGGGACCACCAUGGCAAUGUCAGCAGGAACCCUGUUGACCACUCCACAACACACUGCAAUUGGAGCACAUCCAGUUUCUGUGCCAACGUACAGGGCUCAAGGAGCCCCUACCUACAGCUAUGUACCUCCACAUUGGUAAACAUGAUGGCCAAUCCAUAUCUGGAGUCAAACAUUGUAUGCAACUACUCAAGUCUUACAUCGGUGCUGGAGCAACUGUACCACAGCACCAAGUCUGUUUGCAAGAACAAAACAAAAAGUGCAAGGGUCACUUUAUGCAUUCUUUAGUGUUUUUUGUAAAAGCUGCUUUUUCUAAUCUUCUGUCUCUAUUUUUUCCUCUUCUCCCCCCAGUCCCACCCAAAUUGUGUAACACCACAUACUGACACUGAGCAGUAGCCAAGUUCUCUCUUUGAGCCUCUCAUUUUAAAGUUCAGAAUAUUCACUUUUAUAUGGUGCCCCAUUCAGUGGUGCAAAGAUCCUGGUUGGUUGGUUGGUUAGUUACUUUUUCUUGUUGCCGAGAGUCUAUUUUAUUUGACUAGUAAGAGCAAUUGAUGUUCAGGGUACUAUGUGAAAAGCACAUCAUUGGUAGACAAGUUUCUUCCAGUUUGGUUUCUUUUUUUGUUUGUUUGCUUAAUAAUAUAAAUUAUUUAAUUUUCCAUAACACAGUACAAGAAAAUUGGUGUCUUCCAGAUAGGUGUUGUGGUAGGCUAUAAUUCAUUCUCCGCAUAUAAAUACUGAGCUCAUUCCUCCUUCUGUAGGAUUAAGGGAAUAUAAACCUUAUUAUCACACACUUGUCUUCGGAAACAGAAAGACUGUUCACCACAGGGGUUUGUCUGCUUUUUAAAAUUGGGGGAAUAUACUCCAUACAAUGAGAAUAGAGAGCUGGAGGGGAGAUACACACUGCCAUAGGAAUUGGAUCUUAUUGGGGAAACAAGACACCCCCUGUGCCGGUCCGUAUUAAUUUCACUGUGUAACAGACAGGACGGUUCCUUUCACUUGCUAACACAGAUGUAUGCUAGGCAGUUGUAAAAGGAAACAAAGGGAUUUCCAGUUGUUAGUCGUAAUAGCCACAGGGGCCAGCGAUUUGGGAAGAGAAGUGGAGAAGCUGGUGGAGAAGAGUGUUUAAGGUCGAGCUAGGGAGAAUAUAGGUCUGCUUUGCCCUGCAUCCACUCCAGGCUCAGACACACCAGUUUGAGGUUUGUGGCUAUAUCAAGACCUCUUUUUAGUUCAGACUCACUUGGGUGCAAUUUGUAUCAUGAUGUAACUUGGGUUCUAAAGCAGGUGAAAGUGUCUCCAGUCACUUUGAUUGCUAAUUGAGCGCAAUUACUGUACUACUGGGCAGAUCAUAACAGUAAAUUGGGGUGCCAGUCUCGUUUCUUUGAAUACAAUUUAACUCCAUAGUAGUCACAGGGAGAGCUUUAUCUGAACACAGUUUCUAACAUUGUAGAGAACAAUAGUAUUACAUUGCAUUCGCCAGUGGAUGGGAUGAUACAGGGUGCUAGAGGUCACACUGCUUUGAACAGAAAAGAAUAGGAAAUAUGGUGACUAACAUGAAGCAAUAGCAAUAAAUUUGUUGCCUUACUAGCUAAAAGGCACUUAACUGGAGGAGAUGGAAAAAUGAGGGCAAUCAGCCAUUUAGUUUGGUUUAGAAACUAAAGGCAACAGGCUUGCACAGCCAAUGGGAUGUAAGCAAGUCACUGAUUUUUUUAACCCUGGAAUUCCCAAAAGGGAGAGCUGGUGUCAUCAGCCAUGUGUCAUUUCCGUUUUGUUGGCUUUUUGUGAGGUGUCUGAGUAGAGCAAUAACGUUUUGCAGAGGGAAGGAGGCAAGAAUACAAGUAUUUAGAAAUGAUGGUGAAGGUACCUAUGAUUUAUUUUUCAGUUAUUAUCCCAAAACACAGCACACAAGACAGAGGAGGGGUUGUUUUGUUUUUGUUUUGGUAGAGAAAAAUGUUGUUGUUUUUUCUCAAGCUGUGCCAAAAGAGUUCCAUUCACCCAAAGGCGUGUGUGUCUGCAGCUCUGAUUUCUCUGGGCCUCCAGUACAAUGGUAGUGGGCCAAUCUAGACUCAUUUUUUUAAAAAGAAUCAAAUUAACAGAAGUAUUGAUGGGGAAUAAUUUCUUGUGCAGCCAGCAGGCCUGGACUCGGUCCCCAGCCCAAAUUAAUGGUGUUGGCCAAUCAUAGUUAAAUGUCUGUGCUAACCGCUGGACUUGGAUCAUGCAUACACUGGACCUUUACCUUUAGCUAGGGAUGACAAGAGAGUAAUUUGCAAGGGGGAACCUGUUUGGGGGUUUUCCCCCAGCUAAUGAUUCUGUUCUUCUAGAUGCUAGAUCGUAGAAUCUUUUUUUUAAAAAAAAUAAUUAUCAAGGCUUUCAGCAGCAGGUUAAGGCUCCAGUCCAGUCCAGCGCUUCAGCACAGGAGUUAUUCCGUUGAAGUUUAAAGUCAAGCCCGUGCUUAAGUACUUGCCAGCUGAGCAUCUGCAGCUCUCAUUGAAGUCAGUGGGAGCUGCUGGGCAUCAACACCUUGCAAGAGCCUGGUUUUAACUGGGGCGCAUCGGGGCUGCUUUCUCUGCUGCUGGUUUUGUUGUUGGUGUUUAUCCUGGUCUUUUAACCAGAUCAGAUGGUGUGUCAGCAACUCUGAACCAGGAGUUUAUAUUUUUGAAGGAACUCUUUUUACAGGAGUCAAGCUCCGAUUCUCCUUCCCUGCCCCCAAAGCAAGCAAACUGGCAAAGCCGGAACCCCUUCAUUUUAAUCACUUGUAUUCUUUAUUUUUAAACCAGUCGUGGGGGAGGGGGAAGCAAAAUUUCAUAAGAAUUUAUACCGUGUGGUACUUUGUGUUGCACUUUGAUUUUGUAAAAAAGAAAAAGGAAAAAAUAAAAAAAUUAAAAGAAAAUAUUCAGUGUUAACCUAUGUAGCUUUGCAAAGUCCGAUCUUAGGGUUAGUACUUAAAGGGGAAUGUGUGUUUUUACUGACGUAAUUACUGUACUUCAUUCUUUCACUGUUUGUAACUCACUGAAAUUAAAUCCAGGCAAAUAUCAGGGGGAUUUAAGAGCACUCAAAUACCCUUUCUGCCCUCACUAUAUUGUAGGUUUCCUAUUAAAGUGACUACAUGUCGAGGUUCAUCUGUCAGUCGUGUUUAAACAUGCUGCACUGAAUACGUACCAUACAAUAAACUAUGCUAGUAAACAUGAUAGUACUCGAAUUUACAGUCUUGAGCUGUGUUAGCACACUUUGGGCUAUGUAAACUAGUAUGUUUCAAAACAAACCUCCUCAAGUAGCUAUUGUUUUAUUUGUAGGUAAUAUAUGCUGUUAAUUCUGGAAGCAGUUAAAAUAGGAUUCCUAAAAUGUCACAAUCCCCUUUCUCAUGUCUAAAAAGAAAAUACUAAGCUUUUUAUUAAAGAGAGAGAAAACACUCAAUUUGGGUUUGAAAGCUUCAGUGUGUCUAAUUGAGCACAGAGAAAUCAUUCUAGAUUGACAGAGAACUCCACGUUAGCUGUUUGUUCAAAGGACUUUUAACUUCCCCAAAGCAAAGCUCUGCACUGCAGUGUUGAAGUUUGGAAAGCAAUUUAGGCCUAAAACUGACCUAUUUUCCAUUACUACUGACUAAGGUUCUAAAGAUAAAGAGGAAAUCCCUUUGUUAAGGAGAGAGAGAUACUGAUAUGUGUUGCUAUUAAUGAGAUCGGUUGAGUGUUUUUUCGUCACUUGGAUUAAUAGCAGGUCUAGUCCAUCUGAUCGGGUUAUGCAUGGGCAGAAAUGUCCGUUAGCACAAUUGGAGUGCAAGGAUGUAGAAUCUAUACAGCCUGGUAGGGAAUACCUUUGAUUAGCCCCUACGUUGUAUAGAUGCUGCCAGGGUUUUAUUUAGGGUUUUCCCAUAGAGAAGAACCUCAAACCUAAACAGUCACACACAGGUACACAUUAUAGAGUUUGAGUUUUAUUGCUCUAUUCUGACUAGUACAUUGCAGGAUGUUGGAUUGCAGUGCCUGCUAAAGUAUGCAGUGGUUCAUCACAACCAUUUUACCUCUGAAACAGUAAUUGCUUAUAAGGAGGGACCCAAAUGUAAACACUCCUGAUAUUUAAGAAGAAUCCAAAUCCAGGACCAAAUUUUUCAAAGGGCCUCUGUCCCUAAUGAUGGUUCCCAGCUAAAACUCUGGAUCCACUCACCCCACGAGUGCGUUCGAAAUCUGGAUCUAAAUCUUGUGGCUUGUGCCCAUUUCCAGUUCCCAAAUUGACUGGCUUCUCCAGUGAAGCCUGGCUACCACGCAGUUCUUUAAUACCUUGCCCUCGUCUGAGCAAAGGACAAGAGAGCUCAUGUCCCCGCUCAGAUAGGCAGGGGUUGCAAAAUAGAUCACUACAGCUUCAGGCCCAGAAGAAGCUUCUGGGCACCAGAAUUUUUAGUGCAAACUUGACUUAGCUGCUGAUUGACGACAGUCACUGCCUUUGAUUGACACACAUUGGAAAAUGGAGGCAAGAUUAUUUGCAGAAAUAUCGCUGUUAUUUGUCACCAGCUUUAUAAGCAAUGAUUGUGGGUGCACUAGAAAGUUACAGUGUAUCAUGGAAAUGGCCUUACAGUGAAUAACUGAAAACAUCUGCAAGUGGCUAAGUCCAGUUUAGUUAUUCCAUAAUGUGCAGGACAAACACAGAGCAGUUGUUCCAGGUGUCAUUAUAGAGAAGAGCUAGGAGUGUAUUAGUCCCAGUAUAAUAAGGAAAUUGCAAAACAGACCUAUCACAUGACUGAUUUUCCUGGUGUCUGACAUCCAAGGUUAGGAGAGUGCCAGGAAGAGCUGACUCUGCAGAAGAGUGCUGGGGUAUUUCAGAUCAUGAACAAGAAACCAAAUUCCAAAGUUGCUUUGUUCUAACUCCCAGGGCAAUAGAUUCUGCCAUGAUGUCCCCCAGCCUCCCACCCCCAUUUUGCUGUUUUUUAAAUACUAUGGAUGUGCUCUUAGUUCAGUUCCCUAGCGGAGAGAGAUCCCCCUGACAAAGCCACUAGCCUGCGGAGCACCAAUGAAUACCUUUGUUGGCCAUCUGCUUUGAAAAGGCUGAGAGAGGCUGAGCUGUCUGCUCAUCCUUAGAGAGGGGCUCCAGAAGAAGACUCAGGCACGCUGGUGGGGAGCAGUCUGGGGGAAGCCUGUACUGCUUGGCACCGUCCAGCCUCAUUCAAGUUCACUUUCAAACAAGAGAGAGGGGCUAAAUUCCAACCAACAAAAAACCCUCUAACCCAUAUUUUAGUUUCAAUAAUGUUAUGGUCAGUUGCAACACUAAACCCAGCGGGCCUGAUUCCCACAUCACAUACUGUGGUGUAAAUUCAGUUCUCUAUUAACUGAAGUGAAAUUACCCUGGAUUUAUAACUUCAACGCUGAGAUCAGAAACUGACCUGGUGCGUUCCCAUUUGAUGCUGAAAUGAGGGCCUUCCAUAGCAGGGUUGAAAGGACCCCCCUCCUAAGUAGUAAACCAUUUCAGGAGGCCAAAAAACCCCAGAGGACAUAGACCCAUACUGCAUUUUAGACAUAGGAGCUAGAUGGAUUGAGGUGGCAACCCUAAAUUCUAUUGGAGAUCAAGACAUUUCAGCUCAAUCACAGAGCAAGAUUAAAUCUAGUAACUGCAAUGAAUGCCAGUACUGACUCCAGUCCGGGUGUACCAAACCGAAUAGUGCCCAUGGGAUUUUGCUGUCAAUGCCUGGAAGAUUUUUCUAUCUGUUGAGUAAAUCAAAGGAGCUUAGCUGUGGAGUGAAAUUACAGUAGGCUGAUGAUUAAUUUGCAUUUGCCUGGUCUCUGCUGGGAUGACAACACUUCUGGUUGUUGCAGUAUCGGAUCCCAUCUGUAAACUGUUAUCCUAGAAAUAUUCCAUUGUCAUUUUUUAAAUAGAAGUGUCUGGGAAAUAACAAGGCCAAGAAACAUUCCAAAGCUAGUAAAAGCAGAAGGCAGGGGGCCUCCUUCCCGCAAGCAAGUCAAGUCUUCUGUAGUGGUUCUGUUCCUUUUGUACUUGUGUUUGAUUGCUGGAAAGAGGGACCUAGUUUAAAUCAAUUAAGGUAGAAAAGCAGGAGACCAUCCAGUAACACACAACAAUGAAGAUAUAUUUUUAGUGGAAAGAGAAGGGAGCCAGAGCUAAUGGCUGUGCAGGUGGACUGAUUGAAAUGUGUUUUCACGUGGUAUAAUCCUGUAACAAAUGUAGAGAUUAGGACUUCGGCAGUGGUUUAAUGAGAUGAUUGCAUGAAAUAUUGGUGGCAGAGAAGCAAGUCCUUGCCUGCUAUAGAGUGGUCUGGUGGUCUAAUGCUUAGUGGUUCCCUUCCAGCACAUUUGAUCUGUCACGGCUGUGGCAGUGAUCUGGAGUCUGGCUGCUGAUUCCCUGUCUUUGUGAAUUACACUUUUAGUUGGCCCUAAAGAUCCUGCUUAAUAUGCUGAUUUAAAGAGUUUCAAAUACAGUCAUUAUAUGUCCACCUUGCAGGGGGAAAGUAGGCAUCAUGGGCCACUGAGUCUCGGUCUUUAUCGAGUCUUAACUUAGGUGAAGCUCUCACUGAAGUCAGAUAUGGGACAGAAUUUUAACAUAGAGGCCCAGAUACUUUUACUCACAAUGAGAAUUGCCUUAUUCCUUGAAUAGUCCCACUGAAAUCCCACUGAAAUAAUUGAUAAGAAAGGCGCUAGGAUCUGAAAAUCUGGCCCACGUGUGAGUUAACUGCAGUAAUUGGGAUCCAAUAUUUAACACACGGAAUCUUUGCUGGAGCACUGCUUAUAUAGAUUUCAUUUUGAUUGAAAGCAGUUGAGUGGAGGGACAAGGGGGCCAAAGGGCUAUGGAAUUGCAUCUCUGAUUAACUGGGAAGAGGGUUAUUGUUGGACCAGUGCAGAAGGGGUUAAAAUGCAUUCACAUUUUGUGGUGAUACGUUACCUCUGUUGUGACUGUUUUUCUCACCUUUAAAGGAUACCUUAUAAAUUAUAUGGUGAUUAAAAUCCCACGGAAACAGUGGAGAGAUGAAAGCAUUGUAAUGAAAAUAACAAUCAAAGUUCCAGUUAUGUCCAUUAACCAGUCCCUUAUAUACCUUUGCUUUAAGACAUGUACUGUAAUGCAAGACUUGAAAAAAUGCAUAUUAAUAGUUGUGCUGGCCCAAAUCAAUGUCAAAGAACCUUGGAGCACAUACAGAAUGUGAUUCCAAGAGACUCAGCUGUGUGUACGAGUAUUUGCUCCUGUAUUUUAUGAACAAUAAUAACCUAGUAAAUCUUUUGGCAGUUCUGAUAUGUAAUUUAAGCGCUUUUUACCAUACGUGUUAUUUAAGUUUUUGUUUUAAUGAUUGAUGUUUAUUAUUCUUAACUAGAGGAACUUUAUGGUUGAACUGAAGUUGGAUGCUUCUUUGAGCUACAGGGAGCAUUUCAGAACACAAGUCUGUGGGCUUUCAUUUCAAACGGGAGUAUGCAACAUUUCCUAGAGUGCGAGGCAAAAACUAAGCGACCAGGACACAAUCAUCCCAAUUAAAAUGUCCAUUCCUAAGGUCUAUAUUUUUCUCACCCCUCCCUUCCCGUGUAGCUAUCCCUGCUGUACAGUAAGCCAGGCUGUGUCUGAUAAAGGUGUUGGUUGAUUUCAGUGGUGAGAGCAGCCAAGUGUCAGAGAAUGUAUGAUGUGUAUAGCACGUAUCUCACAUACCCUCUUGCACUGAAGGAGAAAUCCCCCAGAAACACAAAACAGGGCCCCAAUCCUGCCAACAUCUCCACGCAAUGAGCCCCUUUGACUUCACAGGGGCUCCAUGCAAGCACAUGGGUCUGCACCUGCACAGGUGCUUGCAAGAUGAGGGCCCAAGACAGAAACUGUGUCAGAUCUGUUUUAUGUUGUAAGGUUAACAUUGAUCUGGAGCCCAGACAACAUGUUAAACAUUUCCCUACAGACAGCUGUCGUCUUGACUUCUUCAAUUCCCUAGUACUAACUUAAGAAAAAUCUUCUAGGGACUUUGGAUUACAUAUUCCAAUGUUUUAGUGCUAUGUGAACAUUGUUAGUCUGAGAAACCGACGAGAAGAUGAAAUCUGGCCUUGCUGUUUUAGAAAGCUGAAAACACAUUUUAUUUUUGUUUUUUGAAGAAAUCAACCAGCUUAAAAUAGCAAUAAGAACCAUCAGGCAAUCUGUAAUUCCAAUUUUCUUUUAUUUAAAAUAUUUUCAGUCCAAAUGAGCUCUUCAUUUAAGUUCACAUGCUCAGUCACAGAGUUGUAAGAAAUGUUUAGACCCUACCUUGCCUUAGGGAGCAGUCUUUUAAAUUCAUGCAAUUUGUGUUUCCUAACUGUUUAUUUCUCCAUAAGAUAAUUGCAUUUCAUUUGGAGAGAAACCAUUAGAUGGGACCAUUUUGAUUUAACCUCUAAGGGCCACAUUAACAUUCCUGAAAUGAGUUGGGAUUGUGUCCAUUCUCCCUUAGUUUUCUUGGGGCUCUGAUCCCGCAAACUCUUAAACACUUGGACCCAUUUUGCUUGCGUGAGCAGUUCCAUUUCACUCCUUUGGGCUCACCCCCAAGUAAAGUUGCUCGCCUGCUGGAGGGUGUGCGGGAUCAUGCUGGCUGUUUUCUAUGCCAUGUGCUAUUGAAUCUGAUUUUUAAAGAAACGGCUCUUUUUCUUCAACAGAGAUUGUUUGCGGGGGGGAGGGGAUUUGAAGAGGCAUCUUCUGAUUGACAUUCAUGUGGGAUCGCUUAGAUUCAUUGGUAAUCAGGUAAUAAUCUGUUAUGAGGAUUAUCUCUAUGUCUGUGAAAAGUUGGAGCGUCAAACUAUACGGUAUAAUUACAGCUUUUCCCUGUUGAUAAUGGUAAAUUGCCAAGUUUUUUUAAAAAUCAUUAUGUAACAUUUCAACCCACAAUAUUUUUUCCUCUUUAUAUUUCAAGAGGUUAUAGAAUUCCAUCACCCCCACCCACUCAGACCACCCACUCCCCUCACAGAUCAUGACUUUUCCUUUACUAUGAAUAUUAAACCACGCUUGUGUACUAGUCCCCUUGGGUCCACUCCUGUGCUAUGGUGAGUGCCUCCUAUGCCAUGGCCUGCAGCAAACCAUCCUGGUUUAGCAAAGUGCUUAAGUAUGUGCUGAACUUUAAGCACGUGCUUAAAUCUUUUUCACUUUAAUUGGAUUUAGGCAUGUGCUCAAGUGCUUUGCUGAAUUAGGGAUUGACUCAAGCAUUUUGCCAAAUGCUUGGGUAACUGGAGGCUGAGGCUCAGCGCUUGGUAGAAUCAGGAUCUUUGAUACAUCAAUUCACAAGGAUAACCGCUGUCAUCAACAAUGGUGAGGAAUAGAAGUGGAUGCAUUUUCUAUUACUGAUGGCAGCCAGCCUUAAACUUGGAUUGCUCAGGUUGUCUCUGAUUAUUACAUACUUUGUCUCCCCUCCUCCUACCCCCAUUUGUAUCAUGUCCACUUACAAGCAGGACAGAAUUCUGCACCUUUUUGCCAUUUUACAUUUGCGUCCUAUACAUGACUGCCGAUACAAUCCAUGCCAAUACCCAGGAAUUGUUUAGAUUUCAUAGCACAUAACAGAGAAAUAUUGCUCUCAGAGUGUGUAUUAUUUUUGCUUUUUUCUGGAUUUUUAAUGAUUUUUUAAAUUAGUUUUGAACAACAGUACAGCUUGGAUUACCUAGUUUUAAAUUUUAUUGGAACUCUUAAGCAAAAAAUGAAAAAAGAAAAGAAGAAAAAAAAAAGAAAGAAAGAAAGAAAAGUUGAAAAAAAAAGUAAACAAGUCUUCCAAGUUUAAAUCAAAGGACUCAAUGGUGUGUAAGAAACACGGCCUUGAGUUUAAGUAUUGGAAAGCCCCACAGCCGCAGCUUGUGAAUAUGAAGUGUAAAUCUGUUUUGGG